ACUUUUCAUCGGCCGAAGAAUACAAACGUAAGGCUCAUCGACUUGGGAUCAGCAACAUUCAACAAUGAGCACCAUUCGGCUAUUAUCUCGACUCGCCACUAUCGUGCUCCUGAGGUUAUACUCGGUAAGCCCUUCAGCUGUGAUAUCAAUGCAUUGCAUCAUUGA